GGGAAUAAUUUGUUGGUCUUUUGAUAAUUAGAGAUGAAACAAAUGAGAAAAUCCCGUAAGGGAAUAUUUUUUUGAGGAAGGGGUAGGUACUAGCAGGUAGUAUAUAUACAUAUAGAACCAGAGUAUAAUUUUCACAACAAGAAAUAAUAUAUUUAUAGCAUAUUAUUUUUAGUUUAUAAUUAAAAGAUCAAAUGGGUCCUUCACAUGGUUCAUAUGCAGCUGCCUUUUUCUUUGUGAUGCUCUUCUUCAUGGCCACUUCCGCGAUGAGAGGUGGAAUAACCAAUGAGAAUGUGGUGGCUGAGAAGGGGGCGGCGGCCGCCGGGAGUAGGAGCGAGAGUUGGCCGGCGGGUAACACGCAGGACUAUUGCGAGCCACACCCAAACAAUGGAGAGAUUUGCAAUUGAAAAGAGUUAAUUAAUUAAUUAAUUAAUUGAGGGUCGAUUGAUGAUUAUACUAUAUUACUGGGUUUUCAUUUUAAUUUGCAACUAAUUAAUAAGAGGUGGUCGG